AUGCCCACAGCUAAGCCAAAGCUCGCACAGUUGACGACGCCCGUCACCGCGACAUUUCCGUCUGAGCUGUCUGCUCUUUCGGCGUCAGCUAGAACGCCUCUCUCAGCUGUACCAAGUUUUAUUAAAGAGGAAUUCCCAGGCAGUGCUCGGACGCCCAUCAGCCCACCAACAGCUUAUAUGGAUUUUCUCAAGGCUAUGUCAGUUCAGUCGCCUGUCGUCCCAGCGAAGAGAUCACUAUCUGGCAGUUCCACGCCAGAGGAAGACUCGGCACAAGAAUCAAUGCCAUCUACAGCGAGCAGUGAGCAAACAGACUGCUCAUGUAAGUGCGGCGGUCACAAGUCACCCGAGAGUGUUCCACCAAGCCCAUACUCAAACCAGCCUAUGUCUGCACCACCCAUGAGCGUGACUUCACACCCAAGUCUAAAAGUACCACCAUCCCCUGCCGUCUCGAUGGUGGACUCGCCCUUGAGCGCCACGAUACGGUCACCUUUUAGUGCCCGAUCAGUGCGAUCACCGUUUGACUGGGAGGCAGCGCUGAAGGCCCGUUAUUCCCAAGACUGCAGAGCACACAAGGCAACGAACAAGAGUGUGCGGCACAUUCGAGAAGUCGUUACGCGGACAGUCACUUACACGCCACGGAUGAGUCCAGCCCCCAAGGGCAAGCGGAGGAAAGUGCACUCGACCUGCCAGAAACUGACGGCAGCGACGACGGAGAUACCCUCACCUUCACCCACGACUACUUCAUCUUGA